AUGCUUGCCCUCAAGUCCUUCCUCAUUCUGGGCGCCGCGACCCUCGCGGCCGCUGGCCUUGGCAGGACUUGCAUAAAGGACACCGUCGCUGUGGAUGCCCAGGGUGUUUUGCAUGCUACGUGUGGUAUGGGACAUGGUGCAUGGAACUCGAACGCCAAUCUAGACUUGAACAAAUGCUUCAAGCGUUCUGGGGACUCCGGCCUUGACUACGCGCCUAAUCAAGAUGGUUCCGAUGUGACCGAUUGCAUAAAAAAUGGAGAUGACCCCUUCGAAGUCAAGCCGUUCGACAAGGGGAUGGAAGAGAUGAUAGGUGACGAGUAUCCUCAAGACUUCACAAUUUCGGGAGCUUGUCUGGGAAAGGGUCUCUUGGACCUCAAAAAUAUCAACAACCUGGACGGAACACUGGUUUGCUCGAGUGAUUCUUGA